AUGAGGAAUUUUAAUUUAAUAUUUGUGCUCACUAUUAUCUUUGGAAAUUUCCUUCUUGCUACGAUCUCCUUGAAAUGCAAAAGAGACGAAGAAACUCUUUGGAGUUCUGCUUACAGAAAUUCGUCUUUGAUAGCAAGAGAUAUUUGCGCAGCUGAUGAACGCUUAUGUCCUCCUGUCAAUGGCCAUUAUGGAUGUUGUGAUAUAGGCAGUAUUUGCCCAACUAGUGGUCCUCCUUAUGUAUGUAAAGGAUCUUCCUGUGGUCCUAAUCCCGUACAUUGUAGUGGAAAUACUUGUUGUAAAGAAGGUUAUGUUUGUGGAAUUGGUGUCUGUUUAGACCCACCUUCGACAGGAGUGAAACCGACGUUUACAACACCAUACCAAACAACAUCAUUAUAUCCGACAUUUACAUCAUCAUAUCAAUAUCAGACGACAUCGAUAAAGUCGUCAUUUGCGUCAUCAUAUCAGACGACAUCACUAAAGCCGACAUUUACAUCAUCAUCGACACCGAUAGUAAAGCCGACGACAUUUACAUCAUCACCGAUACCGACAGCGACAGCAAAGCCCUUAAUUUCAACAUCGAAAUCGACAUCAUUGAAAUUGACAGUUACACCAAACAUGUCAAAAACAAUAAUCAUAGCUGUUCUAGUUUUUCUAAAUUUAAUUUUCUAG